CUGCCCCGCGGGGGCCGGGCCGGGCAGGGCAGAGCCGCGGCCUCGCGCAGGCAGCCGCCGCCGCUGCCGCCAUGGGCUGCACCGUGAGCGCUGAGGACAAGGCGGCCGCUGAGCGCUCCCGCAUGAUUGACAAGAACCUGCGGGAGGACGGUGAGAAGGCGGCGCGGGAGGUGAAGCUGCUGCUGCUCGGUGCUGGUGAGUCUGGGAAGAGCACCAUUGUCAAACAGAUGAAGAUCAUCCAUGAGGAUGGCUACUCAGAGGAGGAGUGCCGGCAGUACAAAGCCGUGGUUUACAGCAACACCAUCCAGUCCAUUAUGGCCAUCAUCAAGGCGAUGGGGAACCUGCAGAUUGACUUUGGAGACUCCUCCAGAGCAGAUGAUGCUCGGCAGCUGUUCGCACUCUCCUGCACUGCUGAGGAGCAGGGCAUCAUGCCGGAGGACCUGGCCAACGUGAUCCGGAGGCUGUGGACUGACAACGGGGUCCAGGCUUGUUUUAACCGCUCCCGAGAGUACCAGCUGAAUGACUCUGCUGCCUACUACUUGAAUGACCUGGAGAGGAUAGCCCGUGCCGACUACAUCCCCACCCAGCAGGACGUGCUGCGCACCAGGGUGAAGACCACUGGCAUUGUAGAGACCCACUUCACCUUCAAGGACCUGCAUUUCAAGAUGUUUGAUGUGGGUGGCCAGCGCUCGGAGCGGAAGAAGUGGAUCCACUGCUUCGAGGGGGUGACGGCUAUAAUUUUCUGUGUGGCCCUGAGUGCCUAUGACCUGGUGCUGGCUGAAGACGAGGAGAUGAACCGGAUGCACGAGAGCAUGAAGCUGUUUGACAGCAUCUGCAACAACAAGUGGUUCACAGACACGUCCAUCAUCCUCUUCCUCAACAAGAAGGACCUCUUUGAGGAGAAGAUUGUGCACAGCCCCCUGACCAUCUGCUUCCCUGAGUACACAGGGGCCAACAACUACGAUGAGGCGGCUGGCUACAUCCAGAGCAAGUUUGAGGACCUGAACAAGCGGAAGGACACCAAGGAGAUCUACACCCACUUCACCUGUGCCACCGACACCAAGAACGUGCAGUUUGUCUUUGACGCUGUCACUGAUGUCAUCAUCAAAAACAACCUGAAGGACUGUGGGCUUUUCUGAGGGCUGGUGUUGCCCAGGUGGGUGGUGGGUCCUGGUGGUGGCCCCCCAGAUGGGGUGGUCACAGAGCACCCUCCGUGGCCAGGACAGGUGCUGCCUGCUAUCCCUGCUGUGGCACAAGCUGGCGGGGGGGCCUGUGCACCCCUCCCCAGACCCCACCCACUCACCACCCAUUCUCUCCUAGGAUCCUCGUCCAUGCCAGUGAAGGAAGGACCGUGCCACCUGCCCACUCCUGCUUCUUUUUUUCAUCCCUAUGCCCCCAUCCCAUAAAGACACUUUUUGGGUGCCAGCAUGGUGGCAGGGCCCAUGUCCCCCCUGCCAUCCCCACUCGCCCCCCUGCCAUCCUCCUCACCUGGUGUCACCUGUUCUGCCUUCCUGGGGAAAAUGGUGUUUUAAUUUUGAUUUUUAACCCCUUAACCACUCCAGCCCUCCCGUUUAUUUGCUCCUGAGCCCUGGCGCUCUCACUGUUUACAUUACAAGUGUUGCUGGCAUAGGGGGGACACAGGGGCCCCAUUGGGUCUGCCCACCUGGCAGAAAACACGACCAACAACAUUCCUUUUAGUAAAUAAAAGAAAUAAAAAAACGGGGGGGGGGGGAACAACAACAAACCCAAACCUGUGCAAAAAAAAACCACACCACACCGGCUGGGUCAAGGUUGCUUUUUAAAGAAACCUUUCUACGGAACUAUUUAAAAGCAUUGAGUGCUACAUGGUGGUGGCACCCUCCAUGGUCAGCCCACCCCCCAACUGUGUGCCUUGGGGUGUGUGUGUGUGUGUCCGCAUACCACCUGGCCUUGCUGCCCACCACCACUCAGAGGGAUGGGCAGGAGGGUGGGCACGGCCCGCUGCCUGUAUCUUCUUGCCCCCCUUCCCCCCCCCCCCCCCUUAUUUUCUAAACCUAGUUUUGUAGGGCUAGCUGUUGCAUUUGGCGAGGAGAGCAUGCUGUACAGAAUGGCCCCUGCGGUCCCCCACAGCCUGGGGGGGGCCCUCUCAGCCAGUGCCUGUGGCCUUGCUUUUCCCACGGGAUAUUUUACUGAAUUUGUCACCUGAUUUGAAAUAAUAAAAUGUAGAAAGAAAAAAAAAAGAAAAAA